CCUCACUCUUUUGCCUCACUUUUGCUGCGCUUCAUACAACCAUUUUCACCGGCCACCACAAAACCACCGCCAUCAACAUGACGACCGUCGUACCUACAUCCGAAGAAGACCCCGCUCUCUCCGUCGUCCGCUUCACCGCCGAUAUGUCCUGGGCUGAAGCUGGCCCUGAGGUAGCUGAAGCACAAGUGAGUAGUUUGUGUGUGGAGGCACAGGAAUGUAUGGUUAGUGGUAGAUGGUUGGAUUUAGCUUCAUUGAUGCUUACUUCUGCUGAUUUGGUCUUUUCCAAAGCUUCCGAGAAAGAUCUUGAGUGCAUCUUCACUAUCAUCUGCAGUCUUGUUAAGAAGUCUGAAAGCCUUGAAGAGUCACUGGAGAUUGCAAAGCUUUUGUCUGCAAAGAUUGCCCAGCGACCAAGUGAAAAACCUGCAUUGCGAUUAAAGAUCUUGUUCAAUCUGUACAACAUGUUAGAGAACCCUUACGGAAGGUUCCUUGUUUACAUGAAGGCCCUUGAAGUGGCAGCCAAUGGCAAAGUCUCAGAACAUAUCAUUUCUUCCUUUAAAAAGAUAGACACCUUGUUGAAGGAAUGGAAUCUAGGGCUGCAGGAUCAAAGAGCACUUUUCCUUGCCAUCUCUAAUAUUUUGAAGGAACACAAGAGCUCAGCUAAGGAGAACAUAAAAUUCCUGACCAAGUAUCUGGCAACGUUCUCUGGUGAGGAUACUCAUGAUAUGGAUGAGGCGAAGGAAGAAGCUGCUUACACCAUUAUUGAAUUUGUCAAAGCACCAGAUAUGUUUCAGUGUGAUCUGCUUGAAAUGCCUGCUAUAGCACAAUUGGAGAAAGACACUAAGUAUGGACUACUUUAUCAGCUUCUAAAGAUAUUUCUGACUCAGAGGCUGAAUGCAUAUCUGGAUUUUCAUACAGCAAAUUCUGAGUUACUUAAAAGCUAUGGUCUUGUUCACGAAGAUUGUAUAGCUAAAAUGAGGUUGAUGUCAAUUGUGGAUCUUGCCUCUGAUGAAUCUGGCCAAGUUUCUUAUCUUUCAGUCAAGGACACUCUCCAGAUUGAGGAUGAUGAGGUGGAAUUGUGGGUUGUAAAAGCAAUUACUGCAAAGUUGGUUGAUUGUAAAAUCGAUCAGAUGAAUCAAGUCAUUAAAGUGAGUCGGUGCACUGAGCGUGUGUAUGGGACAUCUCAGUGGCAAGCUCUACGGUCAAAGCUUACAACAUGGCGGGUUAACAUUGCAAAUGUAAUAACGACUAUUCAAGCAAACAAGGUUACUGAAGAGGGAACCCAGUCAAUGCAAGGGCUGAUGAUACGCUAGAGAAUUUUUGUUUAUUUUGCUAACCUCUUCUCUAAGUUGUGUAAGACCAAAAGUGUGUGCACUGAGGUCUGGUUGUUUGUUGCUUUUACUUGAAAUCUUAUUUUUAGAAAUUUUGCCCCUCCUUUUGAGCUUUAGUAUACCCUUGCGUUGUGUACCUGUUAAUGAAUUCAUUUAAGAAAACCAAUCUAUACUUUUUAGCAUUA